UCACCAUCGACCUGACGUCGGUCGUCGCCCAAUGAUUCACUUUUGAAAUUCCGUUCCCGCAACAACUACCUUCCCCACCAUACCGGUAGUCAUGCUCGGCCAAACCUCCACGCACAUGUCCUAUUCGUUGCAAUACGACACCCUCGAACAGCCGAUGGAAGGUCGUACAGACGAUGCCAACCAUAUGGUCCAGCAACUCAUCGCGACUCCGCUCGUCGGGAAGCGUCGCAUGGGCGAAUGGGCGCAAGCCGAGAUCGAUUACGCCUACCACAUGUCCACUGCGUUCAAGGCGGGCCUUUUCGACGACGGCAUCCGCAACCGCGAAAGCGUCCGCCUCUGGCUCGCGAGGCUGCUCAACUGCGCCCCCAUGCGCCUGAGCAAGAAAUUUAACCGCAAGUCCAAACUGCUGGGCAUGUACUUUUACAAAAAGAACCACGCGGCUCUGGACGCGAUGUCCCCCCAAGACCGAAUGGACCGAUACGAUGCCAUGGAAGCGGCGCGCCUGCGCUUUAUCAAGAGCAUUGGAGGAGGCUACAAGCAGCAGCACACGCAACCGACGUUGUUGUGUCGGCGACCACACGUUCGAAGUCCAAAGAAAGCAACAGACAGAACAACCGCGGUGCAAUCAUCGCCAAAGAGCGUGUCCUGUGUGGAGUUGCAAAUGGGGAGCGAUAUUUUGUCGGACCAAGGCAUGGCUGCGAUGAUCAUGGACGAUGGACUGCCAGUGUGGCGACACUCCAUGGACCUCUCGGUGAUCGAUAUGACCGACUUCGAUUACUUAUUCGACUACGUUGGCAUCGAAGGGAAUUGUGGCGACAUGAUGGAGGUGGUUGUAUGUUAAUACAGCAAGUGAAUUAUUGAAA